AUGGCGCCAUUGCACUCCAGCCUGGCCAACAAGGGCUAAAUUCUAUCUCAAAAAAAAAAAACAAAAAACAAUUUUGGGAGUAUUAGAGCAGAAAACGUUUGAAAACAUGAACAGCUCUCACAUCAACACAAGACCUGAAACUCUGUUGUCAAGAGAGGCCUCUUUGGGGAGAAUGCUCACUCCUCUCCCACCCACUCUCUACCACCCUUAACCUCCUGUCUGGGGCACAGUAACAAGGAGUGUAAGGGGUGUACAGUGCCUAGCAGGGGCCUGGCACUUAGGCUUCAGUAGGUGCCAGUCCACACUCUGAGGCCCAUGUUGGUUGGUGUCCACCUGGUGCUUAUGGACCACUUGGGUUCCAGAUUUUCCUCACAUCACCUCCCUCCCCAGGGUAACAGAUAAAGGCCCCAUAGUUCCAAGGAGGCAGAACUUUUACAUUCCUAAAAGUAUUCUCAGGCCCCCAUAACCCCUCAUCUCACCUUCAGCUCGCUCACCUUCACCUACCAAAUUCGUUUGACAUCUGGCCUCCAGCAACUAGCUAGGCUGAGUUCUCCAUGAACGGGACAUGGCUGCUGGUCAAAGGGGAAAGCCCAUGUCUAAAAAUUAAUAAACGUGGUUUAGGGGCCUCACAUCCCCAACCCCCAAAUACAGCCAUUGGUGAGAUGUGAGAUUCAAAAAAUCGAAGAGUGAAGCGGUGAUGAGAGUCCAUCUGGUCGCUCUUCGGAUGCGGCGCUAGCAGGCAGUUGCAUGAAAGCAGAUCGCAGAUCACGUUGCACUGGCACACAGUAGGUACCCACACAUAUUUGAUAAAUAAACACUCUCUCCCUAGCAUUACUAUAGAUAGAUGGUAGCUUGGCCCGGCAUCCCGGAGGGUCUGGAUCUCAGGGACUAGAUAAGGCCAGCACACUGAAGAGUCGCAGAAAACGCAGGCGGUCAGGCGCGGGCCUGCUGCGGGAGCACCUGCCGUGUCCUACAGCUGCACUGGAAGAGGGGCGUGUGUCUCCCAGCCGGGCGGAACUGAGACCGCUUCGUCCCCGGCGGGGAACUUCAUUUCCCACAGGCCUGUGCGCGAGACUCCAUUUCCCACAAGCGCCCCUUCACUUCCGGCUCGGCCGAGGCACUGCGGACGGCUUCCGGGUUUGGGCCUGGCUCUGUGACUGAGGCGGCGGCGGUGGCGGCCGAGCGGGAUACGGGCGGCGGGAGCUGGGGAACAGGCAUGGACGUUUCGGGGCAAGAGACCGACUGGCGGAGCACCGCCUUCCGGCAGAAGCUGGUCAGUCAAAUCGAGGAUGCCAUGAGGAAAGCUGGUGUGGCACACAGUAAAUCCAGCAAGGAUAUGGAGAGCCAUGUUUUCCUGAAGGCCAAGACCCGGGUAAGGCCCUAGAUGAAUACCUUUCUCUCGUGGCCAGGCUCAUUAUCCAUUUUCGAGACAUUCAUAACAAGAAAUCUCAAGCUUCCGUCAGUGAUCCUAUGAAUGCACUCCAGAGCCUGACUGGCGGACCCGCCGCGGGAGCCGCCGGAAUCGGCAUACCUCCUCGGGGCCCUGGACAGUCUCUGGGCGGGAUGGGUAGCCUUGGUGCCAUGGGACAGCCAAUGUCUCUCUCAGGGCAGCCGCCUCCUGGGACCUCGGGGAUGGCCCCUCACAGCAUGACUGUCGUGUCUACGGCAACUCCACAGACCCAGCUGCAGCUCCAGCAGGUGGCGCUGCAGCAGCAGCAGCAACAGCAGCAGUUCCAGCAGCAGCAGCAGGCGGCGCUACAGCAGCAGCAGCAACAGCAACAGCAGCAGUUCCAGGCUCAGCAGAGUGCCAUGCAGCAGCAGUUCCAAGCAGUAGUGCAGCAGCAGCAGCAGCAGCAGCAGCUCCAGCAGCAGCAGCAGCAGCAGCAUCUAAUUAAAUUGCAUCAUCAAAAUCAGCAACAGAUACAGCAGCAGCAACAGCAGCUGCAGCGAAUGGCCCAGCUGCAGCUCCAGCAACAGCAACAGCAGCAGCAGCAGCAGCAGCAGCAGCAGCAGCAGCAGGCUUUGCAGCCCCAGCCGCCAAUUCAGCAGCCAUCGAUGCAGCAGCCACAGCCUCCGCCCGCCCAGGCUCUGCCCCAGCAACUGCAGCAGAUGCAUCACCCACAGCACCACCAGCCACCACCACAGCCCCAGCAGCCUCCAGUUGCUCAGAACCAACCAUCACAACUCCCGCCACAGUCGCAGACCCAGCCUUUGGUGUCGCAGGCACAAGCUCUCCCUGGACAAAUGUUGUAUACCCAACCACCACUGAAAUUUGUCCGAGCUCCGAUGGUGGUGCAGCAGCCCCCAGUGCAGCCCCAGGUGCAGCAGCAGACAGCAGUACAGACAGCUCAGGCUGCCCAGAUGGUGGCUCCUGGAGUCCAGAUGAUCACGGAAGCCUUGGCCCAAGGUGGGAUGCACAUAAGAGCCCGGUUCCCGCCCACCACCGCUGUGUCCGCCGUCCCGUCAAGCUCCAUCCCUUUGGGCAGACAGCCCAUGUCACAGGUCAGCCAGAGCAGCCUCCCCAUGCUGUCCUCGCCAUCACCGGGCCAGCAGGUGCAGACCCCGCAGUCGAUGCCCCCUCCCCCCCAGCCGUCCCCGCAGCCCGGCCAGCCUGGCUCACAGCCCAACUCCAACGUCAGCUCUGGCCCUGCCCCGUCCCCCAGUAGCUUCCUGCCCAGCCCCUCACCGCAGCCCUCCCAGAGCCCUGUGACGGCGCGGACCCCACAGAACUUCAGUGUCCCCUCACCUGGACCUUUAAACACACCUGUGAACCCCAGCUCUGUCAUGAGCCCAGCCGGCUCCAGCCAGGCUGAGGAGCAGCAGUACCUGGACAAGCUGAAGCAGCUGUCCAAGUACAUUGAGCCCCUGCGCCGCAUGAUCAACAAGAUUGACAAGAACGAAGACAGAAAAAAGGACCUGAGUAAGAUGAAGAGCCUUCUGGACAUUCUGACAGACCCCUCGAAGCGGUGUCCCCUGAAGACCUUGCAAAAGUGUGAGAUCGCCCUGGAGAAACUCAAGAAUGACAUGGCGGUGCCCACUCCCCCACCGCCCCCGGUGCCACCGACCAAACAGCAGUACCUAUGCCAGCCGCUCCUGGAUGCCGUCCUGGCCAACAUCCGCUCACCUGUCUUCAACCAUUCCCUGUACCGCACAUUCGUUCCAGCCAUGACCGCCAUUCACGGCCCACCCAUCACGGCCCCAGUGGUGUGCACCCGGAAGCGCAGGCUUGAGGAUGAUGAGCGGCAGAGCAUCCCCAGUGUGCUCCAGGGCGAGGUGGCCAGGCUGGACCCCAAGUUCCUGGUAAACCUGGACCCUUCUCACUGCAGCAACAAUGGCACUGUCCACCUGAUCUGCAAGCUGGAUGACAAGGACCUCCCGAGUGUGCCACCACUGGAGCUCAGUGUGCCCGCUGACUAUCCUGCCCAAAGCCCACUGUGGAUCGACCGGCAGUGGCAGUACGACGCCAACCCCUUCCUCCAGUCGGUGCACCGCUGCAUGACCUCCAGGCUGCUGCAGCUCCCGGACAAGCACUCGGUCACUGCCUUGCUCAACACCUGGGCCCAGAGUGUCCACCAGGCCUGCCUCUCAGCCGCCUAGCCAAGACUGCAGGGAUGGCCCGCAGCCUCAUCGGGGCCAAGGACACAUGCCUCCUGUCAGGCACUUCUAGGUGUUGGCUUCCUUAGAGAGCCUGGGGUUAGGUUAGCUUUCCUGCUUUUAUCUUCUGCCUUGGGGACCUGCCAAACGAAAUCCCACACCUGUACAGAACUGGGAUAGGCGCAGUGGAGCCGGCUGCUUGGGGGGUGUUGGCCGACUUCUUAGAGAAGGCCCUCCAUGUGACUUCCUCCAAGGAGCGGGAUGCGAUCCUCGGGCUGCUCUCACUAUGGCCUGUCCACGGUCCAGGUCCGUCUCAGCAGUGUGAGGGUGCACUCGGUGUUGUUAGAGCAUCUUGUGUGUGCUAGACACACCCCUACUCGUUCCUAUAGGAGAACACAGAGGACAUAGGAAACCCUUAAAACACACAUGGGAUUCUCUGGUCACAGUUUUGGGUUCAGGCUAUGCUGCUUUGGGCAGGUGGGGCACCCCCUGGGGAAGCCCCCAAGUCCAGGGCACAGGCUGCCUUUUGGAGGGAGGGCUGGCCCAUAGGCGCUGCCGGCUCCCCGCCACCAGCUGGGCCUCAGCCCUCAUGGCAUUCCUGCUGAGCACCGUGGGGCAUCCAGGGAGCAGGGGCGUUGGGGCCUGUGCCGCUGGCAUGAGGGCCGUGUCCCCACUGUGAAGGAUGAAGAGCAAGGCCCUCAGGACCCGUGUCCUCAGAGCACCACACACUGAGCCACCCAGAGAGAGUGGGCCUGGCAGCAGGCCGGGGCCAUGCAGGGAGCGCCUCCCUAUGUUGCCUGCCACUCUGGGCACCGGCCACCAGCCCUCUGGUGAGAAGAGGUUCCCCCCUUUUUACGUGCACUACCCCACCAUCUGUGAUUAUAAUAAAUUUAUUAUUCCUGUGUUU